AUGGUUCCUGAAUACGAGGAAUCGAUAAAGCGUUUGAAUGGUUUACAGAGCAAUGCAAAAGUAAUCCAAUUUGGAGCACGCAAGAAGGGCGUGGAACUUGAAAAAAAGUUAUUGGAAACACAGUGGUAUCUGGAAAAAUGUAAUAUCCAACUUGAAGAGAUCGAUCAAAGGAAUGUGAUUCAUGUUACCGGGACGAAAGGUAAAGGAUCAACUUGUGCCUUUACGGAAUCAAUUCUGCGACAGCUUGGAUUUAAAACUGGUUUUUAUAGAUUUAUAUUUCCUACUUACAGCUCUCCUCACCUUAUUCAUCAUCGUGAACGAAUUAGAAUUAAUGGUGAUCCCAUAUCAGAAUCACAAUUUGUUUUUCAUUUUAAACACAUUUAUAAUUGUUUGGAAAAAGCUGUUAUGGAGUCAAAAGGAGAUAAAUCUAUGCCUGGCUUUUUCCAAUUUUUAACAAUACUGGCUUUCCAUGUUUUCAUUGAAGAGAAAGUUGAUGUUGCCAUAAUUGAAGUUGGUAUCGGUGGUCGGUAUGAUUGCACCAAUGUCAUUAGAAAUCCAGUCGUUUCCGGCGUAACGGUACUAGAUUAUGAUCACAUGUCACUGCUUGGUAAUACAUUAAAAUUAAUUGCGUGGCAGAAAGGAGGCAUAUUCAAGAGUGGUAGUGUAGCUAUUGUUUCUAAACAGAGCGAUGACGCAAUGGUCAUAUUCAGGAAUUUAGCAGAUUAUAAAAAUUGUGUUUUACGAGUAGCUCCUGAAUUCAGUGCAUAUGGCUGGCCAGAUAAUGGUGUUCAGUGUGGUAUAUCUGGUGCUCAUCAGCAAAUAAACAUAUCACUUGCUUUACAAUUGGCCAAAAUUUCAGCUGAUUUUUUCAAACAUCAUGACGACGUUGCUACAUCAGAAUCGGAAAUUUUACCAGGUUUUGUUGUUCCACAACAAUUUUUGGAUGGUAUUCGUCUCUGUAAUUGGCCUGGUCGGUGUCAAAUAGUCAAACGUGAAUCGAUUACAUAUUAUUUGGAUGGUGCACAUACACCGAAAAGUUUGCAAUGUUGUAUAGAUUGGUUUACUGAAGAAAUGGGGAAACUAAGCAGCUCUGAACAAUCUUAUCCUUAUCGAGUCUUGCUGUUCAAUUGUAGUAAAGGAAGGAGUUAUCGUUCGUUUUUAUGCAAAUUAGAUAAUUGUGGUUUCAACUUAGCAUUGUUUUGUCCUAACCUACUACAUAGUAUGAAUAACCAGUUAUCUCAUGGCGCUGAAUACAAAUAUCCUCUACAUCGAGUUCACGCUUCUUACUGGAGAUGUUUCGCAGUUGCGGCUGGUGAAGAUUAUGAAUCAGUCUCAGAAGCACUUCAUAGGAUUGAAGACUUAAAAGAUUCAGUGCAUAAGGAUAUUGUUGUUUUGGUGACGGGUAGUUUGCAUCUCGUCGGUUGUGUUCUAGCCUUUCUAAAAGUAUGA